AUGUCGCACACUGCGGAUAUCCCCCUCGAAGCGCCGACGCUGAUGAAACUUGCGUCCUCAUCUGUACAGUCACAAAUUAAUAAUGAUGAAUAUAUGGAAACUGUGGUUCUCCCGGUUCCACUGAGUGAAGAGCUUUUCGCAAGGUUUCGUUAUAAAUGGAAUCUUCAUCGUGGUCCCGACCUGCCCAUACAUUUUGGACCUAUUGAAGAUCGACCCGAGCGACCCGAUCAGGGAAAUGUAAAUAUGAUAAAACAAGUGUUCCGUAUCUGGUCAGACUCCACACGUCUUCCACUCGAAAAAUUGGAUUUGAGCGGUGCAACGAUUGACGAUCAAAUAUUUGUUGAUCUACUACAUGCACAUGCUCAUUCGAUUAAAGAAUUGGAUUUGACUAAUGUUACAGGAGUAACUGAUCUAGCAAAUGCUUAUCUCUAUGCUAGAAGUACAAAUUUUCCAAAUCUCACUUCCAUUCGAAUGACCUCAAUGGAUUUAGUGACCGGGCAUCAGCCAAGAAGGAAGAAUGGCAUUGCUUCAACACAAUUUCGAUCACUCUUCAUGUUGGGAGAGGAAGCGUUAGCAGAAGCGAGAGGACACGUGGAUCGAGAUGGAUUGAGAUCACCGCUGUCACCAAGUUCUCAACCAUCAUCCAUUCAAUCAGAUCAAAUGGAUGAUCUGCUACCAUGUGAUCAGCCGGUGAAUCCACCAUUGAUAACAGCACGUGCGCCUAAUGUAACUCGUCUAUUCCUUCCGAGAAUACCGAAUAAACGGAGUACAGUGGAUGAGGAGGAACAGAAUACUCAUGUCAUUUUAAGCAAAAUUCUCUCGCCACUUCAGAAAUUGGAGGUGUUGGAUUUGUCAUAUUGGAGUAAAACCGACGAUAUGAGAUGUCUUCAACCACUUUCGAAUACACUUACUUGCCUAAUUCUGUAUGAUGUUCCAGAUCUAUACCAUGCGAUUUCAAACAUUUGCCACAUGACUGAAAUAAGAAUUCUCGACAUAUCUCAAUCGAAUCGUGACACUGGAAUGUAUCCUCAUCCGGUAACAACACUCAACAAAAUGGUUGUAAGCCUUCCGCACAUGACUCAUCUCGACAUCUCCUCCACCAACCUCGCAACUCAACCAUCGUCUCAAGACAACCCGGCACGCUAUCGAGAAUCAGUUCGUACCGAUAUUUGUGGUCUUCAAUCUCUCGUUCGACCACUCAAAUAUCUGGGACUUUUCAAUUGUGAAAGUGCGAGUCAUGUACGUGAAAUUCCCGCUGAACUUGUCUCGGGAGAUGCAAACGAGGAUCAAGUGAUCACUUCACUGAAAAUGUAUAAAGAUCGAGCAGGAUUACUGCAGAAUGUGUUGAAUGAGAGCUAUCAAUUGUAUCGAUUUGGUAAUAGUAAUCCAUUGACACGUCACACGGAGGCUCUUCAUCUAGUACUGGAAGCGAUGCAUCGUCAUCUGGCUGAUAGCACUCUUCAAAUUGCUGGCUCGGCUAGUCUAUUCUAUAUAAUAAGAAAAGUUGAUAUGAAUAGAGACACGAAACGACGAGUUGUGUCUGCAUUGUUAAGUGGGAUGGAAGUUCACAUGGAGGAACAAGUGAUGGUUCGAAACUGUUGUCUCUCGUUGUGUCAGUUCGAAAUUCCACAGGAUAUUCUUUUUGACUACAGCCGUCUUGCUGUUCUUCUGGUAUCUGUUCUUCAACAUCACAAUGCUGAUAAUCUGACACAAAGAAUAGUUGUAUUCUUGCUGAAUUCUAUGGCGUGUCACGUGGAAGGCGACCAGAAAGUGCAAGUUGGAAGUUAUGGAGCAAUUGAGAUGAUUUUGGAUCAAAUCAAUCGAAAACAUACAGCCAACAUUUGUGAUGACGUCAUGGAAGUUGGAUGGAGUUUUCUAUGGAAUAUCACAGACGAGACACCAGUGAACUGUGAAUUGUUCCUCAAUGCGAAUGGUUUGGAUUUAUUCCAAAAGUGUUACGAAGCGUUCAAAUCGGAGAGAGAACUGGUUAGGAACAUGAUGGGAUUGAUAGGAAAUAUUGCGGAAGUCGACAGUUUGAGAAGUCAAUUGAUGAAAGAUGACUACGUGAAUAUAUUCUGUGCACUGCUGACAUCGCAGGAGGAAUCCAUUGAAAUAAGUUAUAACUCGGCUGGUGUCCUGGCGCAUAUGGUUAGCGAUGGAGAGGAAGUUUGGAAGACGAUGACGGUUUGCAGAGAUGUGGUUAUGCAGAAAAUUGUUGAGGCAACGUCCACGUGGAAAUUGGCUACUCGUCGAUUCAUCAACUACCGUUCAUUCCGUCCAAUACUCCGACUUCUUCCUCUUUAUCAUGCAUAUGCGAGUCAACAUUGGGCAGUUUGGGCACUUGCCAACCUGACGACUACUGACGGAGAGAAAUAUUGCGCGUAUGUACGAGACGAAGGAGGUCUCCCUUUAUUGGAGGAGCUUGUAUCGAAUCCAAUUACAACACCAGAUAUUCGGAUACUGGCCAAUACCGUCCUCAGUAACAUCAGGAGCGUCGAGAACAAGCGACUUCCCAAAUACUCUUCCGAUUCAUCCUCACCCAACUCGCCGGUUUUCGUUCCUAGCUACGUGUCAGAUGUCGAAGAAAUGGACGAAGACGACGAGGAAAUGGCGGAUUUUGUGAAUGUCGAUUUUGACGACGUGGAAAUUCCGAUGGAGUUUUAA